GCCGCCAACCUCGGAAGGCAAGUGAAUUCUGCCAGCUCGCCGAGCGAAAUGAAUGAGUAAAUCUGUACUUAUCUGGAUGCCACUUGUCCUUAUGAUGACUACAAAUAACCCAGCAGAUCAACUGGUUCAUAUUGAUGCUUUAGCUUUAGAGAGUGGAGAAGAAGAUUCAACUUCGACAGAAUCUCUUGCUUCAUUAGAAAGUGAUUCUGAAGAGCGACCCCCGGAGAAGAUACUCACCGAAAUAGUGGGGAAGAACAACCACAUUUGGUAUCUUGUGAAGUGGAAAGAUUGUCCUCUUCUACGUUCGAGUUGGGAGGGAGAAGCGUGCUUCGAAAAUUAUCCUUGGAUUUUGGAUCAGUGGUUAGUCGAUAAACAGAGCCAAAAAGAAGGAAGAAUUCAACCAUUUGACUUGCAAGCCUUCGAUAAAGCCUGCAAGGACCUCGACCUGGCAGAAAGGCAAAGGAGAAAUCUGAGGCGGCUCAGAAGAAAAGCCAAACGAAUCUUAUCAGUUGUAGCAGAUUGAAGGACGAAUCUAGGAAGAGAGCAUUCUUGUACUCGAUUUAUACAUCACAUUCAUCCACAACCUCAAAAUGGUUAACUUGCAAUUACGCAGUAUACUGAGCCUAGCAUGGCUCAGUCUCCCUAUAUUUGCGAGGGCAUUCUCAGCAGACCCAGCAGCAUCACCAUCUGCAGAUACAGAGCUUAUAUGCCCUACUGAAAACCAAGCAGAAUGUUACCCGCGUAUUUUUCAACCAACGAGAGACUUCC